AUGUACUCAACAAAGGUGCUUAACAAGAAUAUAGCUGAAAGCUACCUCACCAUUGGUGAUCCAUAUCGUGAUCCGCACAUAAUCGAAGGCAAGAGCUCACGCCACAAGGGCAAACAAAUUUUUACUGUUCCGGCAAAGGACACGAGCAAUGGAUUGGGGUACUUUGAGAAGAAAUCGUACACUUCGGAUCCGUUGCAAGACAACACCGCCUAUCUUAAAUCGCAGCCAAUGGAUACACGAAAGUCUGGUUUCGGUUCCAAGGAUGCAAGUCGGCGAGAUGAGUUUAUGAGCCAUAUUCGAACAGAGCAGUAUCGUGAAACAUUACACACAGAGAAUAAGAUUCUCGACAAACAGAAGCAGAAAGACCCGCCAUAUUUUUCUGCUGCACUAAAUUCGUUGAACCAAAGUCGUGACUUUCCUGAAGGUCUUUGCAAAACGAAACACCUGUACGACAUUGGGCGCUCACAAAAUACCGAGUUUAAUCAAAAAUCACAUCGAGAUACCUUCUACACGAUGCGUGCAGGAAAUUCGCAGUACAAAAGAAAUAACGGGCCAUUUAUGCUUACGUCCGAGUCAAUUGGUCUAGGUGCUGACGAUGUCGCGAAUAAUCGGCCGACCCCAAAGGGAGCUAGCACUAAACAGUUUUUCGAUCACAGCCAUCUGCACACUUAA